AAUUUAGCCGAACGGACUAGACCAACGUCUCUCUCAACUCUCUGCUUUACAAUCUCCAAACCGUAGAGCGUUAUCCGGCAUUUAUUAAUUGAAUAAUAAUACUGUAAUAAUAUUAAUAAUGUCAGCAAUAAGUUUAUUAAAUCCAAAAGCUGAAGUUGCAAGAGCAGCUCAAGCUCUAGCUGUUAAUAUAUCUGGAGCAAAAGGAAUCCAAGAUGUCAUGAGGACAAAUCUUGGUCCAAAGGGAACCAUGAAAAUGUUGGUUUCUGGUGCUGGAGAUAUUAAAAUAACAAAAGAUGGAAAUGUACUUCUUCAUGAAAUGCAAAUUCAACAUCCAACAGCAUCAUUGAUUGCUCGUGCAUCAACAGCUCAAGAUGACAUGACAGGAGAUGGUACAACAAGUACUGUACUUGUUAUUGGUGAACUUCUUAAACAAGCUGAUUUAUAUAUUGCUGAAGGUCUUCAUCCAAGAGUAUUAACUGAAGGAUUUGAAUUGGCACGUGAAAAAACAAUUGAAAUUCUUGAUUCAAUGAAAAUACCAAUUGAAGCAGUUAAAGAAGCACUUAUUGAUGUUGCUAAAACAUCAUUAAAAACAAAAAUUCAUCCAAAACUUGCUGAUACAUUGGCUGAAGUAUGUGUUGAUGCUGUUUUACAAAUAAAACAAGAUGAUUCACCAGUUGAUCUUCAUAUGGUUGAAUUAAUGGAAAUGCAACAUAGAACAGCUGCUGAUACAAAAUUAAUUCGUGGUAUUGUUAUGGAUCAUGGAUCAAGACAUCCAGAUAUGCCAAAAAGAGUUGAAAAUGCAUAUAUUUUAACUUGUAAUGUCAGUUUGGAAUAUGAAAAAACUGAAGUUAACAGUGGAUUUUUUUAUAAAACAGCUGAAGAACGUGAAAAACUUGUUGCUGCUGAACGUGAAUUUAUUGAUAAUCGUGUUCAAAAAAUAAUUGCAUUAAAGAAAAAACUUUGUGAUGGUACAAAUAAAACAUUUGUUAUUAUUAAUCAAAAAGGUAUUGAUCCACCAUCAUUAGAUGCAUUUGCACAUGAAGGUAUGUUGGCACUUCGUCGUGCUAAACGUAGAAAUAUGGAACGUCUUACACUUGCAUGUGGUGGUGUUGCCAUGAAUUCAGUUGAUGAAUUAAGUGAAGAACAUCUUGGUUAUGCUGGUGUUGUUUAUGAGCAUGUACUUGGUGAAACAAAAUAUACUUUUGUUGAAGAAUGCAAAAAACCAAAUUCAGUUACAAUCUUAUUAAAAGGACCAAAUAAAUAUACUUUGAUGCAAUUGAAAGAUGCUGUACGUGAUGGUUUAAGAGCAAUUAAUAAUGCUAUUAAUGAUAAAUCAAUUGUACCAGGUGCUGGUGCAUUUGAAAUUGCUGCAAGUCGUGCAUUGAGCAAGUACAAAGAAGAAGUUAAAGGUAAACUUCGUCUUGGUGUACAAGCAUACAGUGAUGCACUUCUUGUUAUUCCAAAAACACUUGCUGUUAAUAGUGGUUUUGAUGCACAAGAAUCAAUUGUCAAGUUGUUGGAAGAAUCAGCUGCUCUUGGUGAAGCUGUUGGUUUUGAUAUUAAUUCAGGCGAAGCAUUGAAACCAAUUGAUGCUGGUAUUUAUGAUAAUUAUGUUGUUAAAAAACAAAUUAUCAAUUCAUGCACCGUUAUUGCCUCUAAUCUUCUCUUGGUUGAUGAGAUCAUGAGAGCUGGACUUUCAUCAUUGAAAGGAUAAUUAAAUAACAUUAUUAAAAUAAUUAAGCUUAUUAUAUUUUAACGUCAAUUGUAUCAUCAAUACAUAAACAUGAUUUAACGUAAUUAAUAUUUUGAAAUAAAAAAAAAUAAUAAUAAUUUAAUAAUAAUAAAAAAAAUAUUUGUA